GGUAUUUGGGACUAUCAAAUGUCUGUUUUUGAGUCCCUGUGACACUACUUUCGUGAUUGGAAAUGCAACAACACCGCUUCCUUGACAGACGUUUUGCCUCUACAAAUAUCGAAAUCAUCAACUGACAAUUAAUUUUGCGACUAUUUUAGGACCGGCCGGUGGAACAAACUCCAGAAACAUGGGAAAGUCCAGUAAGGCGAAGGGAAGCAAAGGAAAAGAUACCCAGGUAAAUGCUGGAAAAGCUGCUUCAGAUAGCCCAAUCUCCACUGAUAAAUCUGGCAAUGUCGUGCUGAAGAUUGUAGCCAAACCAGGAGCCAAAGAAAGUAAAGUUACUGACAUAUCAUGUGAGGGUGUUGGGGUACAAAUUGGGGCUCCCCCUAUGGAUGGAGAAGCCAAUGCAGAACUUGUGAAGUUUCUUGCCUCAACACUUGGAGUUCGGAAGAGUGAUGUGAGCCUAGAAAGGGGAUCUAAAUCAAGACAGAAGACAGUAUGUGUGAGUGGGUUACAAGCAGAGGAUGUGGAGACGAAGAUUAGAAAUUUAUGUUCUUAAUUUUCUAAGUUUCUUGUUAUUUUUUCAUCAUCAAGCAUUGGAAAAAGUAAAAAAAAAAUCAGGCAAUUGAAAAGUUUGCUCCUAAACUUAGUAUUCUGCAUAUACUACAUUCAUUUUAUGGAUAUUUGAUACUCAGUAGACAUUUAGGAAGAUAAAUCAUAUAUUUAUCUGUAAUAUUUUUUUUUUAAUUAUUAGAAUUAUUACAUUAGAUAAAAUGGA